UCACGCCCCACCCCCUCCAGUCCUUAUCGCUGUCCCAACUCGCGGCAUCCAGAAAGUCCGGAGGAGGCAGGGGGUACAGCCGACACCACAACCUCCCAGCUGCAAGCCAAGGGAACUCGCUUCCACCUCCAAGUCCGGGGAAUCCCCAACGACGUCGACUACAACGCCGAACUCGCCAUCCCAGCCUUCCGAAGACUUCACAGCCCCUCACCAGGCACCCGUUGAAGGCGGCUCUUCGGCCCUCUCGCGAGAGAGUGCCUGGUGGUACCUCCUUCCUCAGCUGUCUUUCUCUCCCCGCCCCCAAAGUGAUUGCGCGGCUUCCUCCGGAGGGCGGGAGCCUUAGACGUGGCGGGGCCGGGCCAGCCUGGCUGCCGGGCCUGGGGCGCUCUGCUUGGCCGCUCGGCUCACUUGGCCGCUUGGCUGGCCCUCCGCACCCGCCGUCCAGCCCCCGGCCGGUCCCCUGCCUUUCCAGUUUGGGGCGGGUCCGGAGAAUGGCUUCGGAGAUGGAGUCGUCUCUCGAGGCAAGCUUCACGUCCAGCGGUGCGGUGUCAGGGGCUUCAGUAUUUCUGCCUCCGGCUCGCUCCCGUAUCUUCAAGAUAAUCGUGAUCGGUGACUCCAAUGUGGGCAAGACGUGCCUGACCUACCGCUUCUGCGCCGGCCGUUUCCCGGACCGCACCGAGGCUACUAUCGGGGUGGAUUUCCGAGAACGAGCGGUGGAGAUUGAUGGGGAGCGCAUCAAGAUCCAGUUAUGGGACACAGCAGGACAAGAACGAUUUAGAAAGAGCAUGGUACAGCACUACUACAGAAAUGUACAUGCUGUUGUCUUCGUGUAUGAUAUGACCAACAUGGCUAGUUUUCAUAGCCUACCAUCUUGGAUAGAAGAAUGCAAACAACAUUUGCUAGCCAGUGACAUACCACGGAUUCUUGUUGGAAAUAAAUGUGACUUGAGAAGUGCCAUUCAAGUACCUACAGACUUGGCACAGAAAUUUGCUGACACACAUAGUAUGCCUUUGUUUGAAACCUCUGCGAAAAACCCCAAUGAUAAUGACCAUGUGGAAGCUAUAUUUAUGACCUUGGCUCAUAAACUUAAGAGCCACAAACCAUUAAUGCUUAGUCAACCCCCCGAUAACGGAAUUACUCUGAAGCCUGAACCAAAGCCUGCAAUGACAUGCUGGUGCUAAGUAACAGUCUUUAUUAUACUAUCUAAUUUUGACAAAAGAAAUACUUUUGAAGUAUGACAGUGAUAAGUCAUAAGAUUUAAUCUCAAGUAUAAUGGAUCAUCCUGACACUUUACUAUUUAUCAUUGUCAUGCUGAUUUUUUGUAUUUUGUAUCUACUUAAUUAAGUUUGUCACUGUGACAACACAGGGAAAAAGUUGGUUUUCAUGUGAGGUUGAAAAUGAAGCAAAGGUAGAAUGAAUCAGAACAUUUUUCCAUUGAGAACCCAAAGAAGGAGGCUUCAGAUGAGAGCAUGAUCGUAUUUUAGGAGUAAGUGACUGUUCAAUCCUGUAUUCAUGGGAUUGAAAAAAAAAAAUUAAAGGUUUAGGACAUACUUCCUAGGUAUGUCCUUUGAAUGGGAAGUGUUCUCAAUAGGAUAAACCUGGUAUUUGCCUCUGCCUAUAGUUCUUUCUUUGUAUUAUUGAUGUAUUUAAUUGCAUUAUUAUUGGUACAUUUUAGAGCCAAGACUUUAUGUCGUUCCAGUGGGAGGAGAAGGCAUGGAAUGUUUUCUGGUUCUCAGUGCAUAAAGAGUGACUUUUCCAGUGAUUCCAGAUGCUUGAUAUUUCUAAUCAGUAUCAAUCAUAUCUACAGAAGUCAUUGUUACUUUUAAAAGAAUAAUUUGUUUUCUUACUAAUUUCUGUUAAAAUACACAAAAAUAAGUCUGACUUUAAUGAAAAUGAAGCGACAUAAUAAGGUGCUUUAUAUUUUAUUUUGAUAUCUUUAGUGAAAAACCAAUUGAAAACAUUUGAGGAGUUGUAACUUGGGAGGAAAAUAGUUAAACGUGGUUCCUGGCUACCACAGGAGACCUAUUCUUAGCUCUUCGUAAUUUCAGGCUCUAUAUCUGGCAUAGUAUCUCUUGUUCUCUUCCACAGUCAGUUAAUUUAAUAACUAAAGGUUGAAUUAACAACUCAACUUCUAUUUGGAGUGUAGCUCUGAGGGCAUACCUCUAAUUGCUAUGAGUCUACAUAUAUUUCUGUAAUAGUAUUGUGUUACAGUAUAUCAGUUUUUUAAAUCUUUAAAUUUUAUGGUCACAACAAACUAUUCCUCCUCAGUAUGAAAAAUAAGUUAAAUAUUGAAAAAUACCUUGUCUCUCUCCCUCAGUUGUGGAAAGAAUAGUUCAAGAAGUUUUUUUUACCCUAAAUACUUUUAUUUUGAGUUUGAGACUUUGCACAUUGAAAAUAGUAAGCUUGCAUAUAAAGCUAUUACAUGAAUGGAAUGUAAGCCAUGAACUUUGAAGGGUGCACAUUCACUGAUUCUGAUAGAUUGCCGUCCUUGGUAAUUCUAGAGGUAAUUAAGCCAAAAGAUGAUUGUACUUAGAAUAUUUUCAGAAUGUGGUAAAUCAAUGAACUAUGUUAUCUAGUGUAGUUUAGGAUUUUUGUUUAAUCAUUACGGUGGUCCUAACUGGAUAAUCUAAUUAUAAAAACAAGAUAAUUCUAUUAAAUGAAAUAGCUGAAAGUAAUAAUUUUAGAAAAUAAUUACUCAAUUUUAAAUAUUAGAGCUUAAGGAAAAACAGGUUGGCUUUAUCUGUGUCUAGGGAGAUUAAUCCACUUUCUUAUCUUGCUAGAAUUAAAAAUGGUUUGAAUUUAAAUUAAUGUUGCUUUGUAACUAUUUUUAUAGUAAAACAAUGACAACUGUGCUAAUUGUGGUGGGUGUCGCAGUUUUUUAAAGAAGGGAAUCUGCUUAUUGCUUUUAAAACAUUUUCUGAAGUGUGGGAAGAAAGUUUACAAACUUUCCACACACAUUUCUGUUUUUAAGUGCUGUUAAUAAUGGUUAAAAAAAAUUAUUUAACUUUGUUUCUUUUUUUAAGAACUUAGUAACAGGUAUCCUUUACAGUUCUGUGAAAGGACUUAGUUUUUCACUUUAAUAUUUAUUAAUUUUGAAAUAUUUGUAUCUCAUUUGUAAUGAUUUACUGUUUUAAUUUUUUCUACAUAUGUUUUUAUUUUUUAAAAGAGCAUACUUAUCAGUUGGGGGAUAAAGCUUUUAGAUAUUUUCCAAAAUAUUUAUAAAACAUUUCAUUGUUGAGAAAUCACUUCCAGAAUGGUGGCUAUCAAACAAAUAAUUACAAAUUUUUAAAGCACAAGUCACAUUUUGUAACUCCUAUGUGAAUUUAUUUUAACUGUGACCUUUAAUUGAAAACAUCAGAUAUGUUUUGGAAAAGUCUUAAUUUGAGAACACUGAAGGAAGCUAAUCCAGAAUCUAAUGUAGUUAGCUAUUAAUGAUGAUGCUUUAUUGACAGUAUAUUGCUAAUAUGUUUCCUCACAAAAUCUAAAGUUAAGUAAUUUCAUUGUGGAAUAGUGUCACUGUAAUGUUUCCCUUAUGAAGUUCAAUAAACCAGGUUUGCCAUAAAGAAA